AUGCCACCGGCCGCCCGGACAGGUCGGUCGUCCACCUCCGGGUUAGUGGGGCACCGACCUCUGCCCAACCGCAAUGUUACCGCCGAAACGAUUGAUGAUGCAUAUCCAUCUUUCAUCCUGUACUGCAAUCCCGCCAUCCCUCAGGGCACUGACACUACCGCCCUUCGAGACUCCUUCCGUGCUUUGCCUAAGAGCGGCGGCAAGUCCUUCGAUGCCUUCAACUUGUUUCUACUGGUCCGUCAACUCGAACUGAGGGAGCUGAAGACCUGGGCCGAUGUGGCUCUUAAGCUCGGAGUCGAUCCUCCCGACAGGGAGAAGGGCGAGAGCCCCCACAAGGUCCAGUCGUACACCCGCUGGAUGCACGCCAUGCACGUUGACGCCUUUUUCGAAUUCCUCAUGGGUCUCCCUCACCCGUACUGGACCGCGAUUCCCACCGAUCCCAACCCUAUCCAGCGUGGCGGGAGGGACGGGGUCGCACCCGUGGACGACAUGGCUUUGCGCGCUCUUAUUCCACAGCUGCGUCCGAAGCCCAUCAGGAAACGCGCUGAUGAUGCUGAACAGGGCACGGCGCCUCCCUCCCGCCGCAGGAGGACAGCUCAGGCUCAGGGCACUGCCCCGACACCUCUGCCUCCCGCCCCGCAGGGCUCUAUGUCCACCUCCAUGCCGGCCCGUGAUAUCCAGGGAGAGAAAUGCCAUCAGCGGCGAUACGGGGCCAAAGUGGUGUCUUCCGCAUGGCGGAGCCGUGGGCUAGGGGGUACUGGUACUGGUGAAAAGGGUCGUGGCAGGCCGCGGAGCAACGAAAGCCCUUCUACUCAGUUGCCGUUUUCAGGUUUCCCUACCCUGGACGCUUUGCUCAGGGAGGACCUAGCGGCCCCGAAUAGCGGUGGCUUUACACCGGCCACCAGUGCCAGUGCAGCUCCUACACCGAUCACCAUAGCACCCACCCCGCCUCCACCAGGACCGCCUCCUCGAACCGUUACCAUUCACGGUCGUCUUGAUCCUCGGCAGAACGCGGAGAGUACCGGACCACCGUUCGUUUUGCCUAACAUAGCUCCGCCCGUCGAUCUUACUCGCGAAGACGAUGUCGACGAGGAGGACGGUGGCACCGAAGGCCCCGAAGGCUCCGAGGACAACGGACAAGACGAAGAAAGUGACGACUGGAAGAAGAAGUAUGAGGACUUGUUGAGGGAAGUGCAGUCUAAGGACAAGCAGUUGGAGGAGUUAAAGGCGACCCUAUGGCGUCGCUAA